CCGCCCGCGCUCGCUGGGCCCGGAUUGGCCCCGGCGGCGGCCCGUCGCGUCGCGCUGCGGAACCGUCGGAGCGACGCGGCUCUCAGUCGGCGGCCGGAGAGGGAAGAUGGACGCAGCUACUCUGACCUACGACACUCUUCGAUUUGCUGAAUUUGAAGAUUUCCCGGAGACCUCAGAGCCUGUGUGGAUACUGGGUAGAAAAUACAGCAUUUUCACAGAAAAGGAUGAGAUCUUGUCCGACGUGGCGUCCAGGCUUUGGUUUACAUACAGGAAAAACUUCCCAGCCAUCGGGGGAACCGGCCCCACCUCGGACACGGGCUGGGGCUGCAUGCUGCGGUGCGGACAGAUGAUCUUCGCCCAGGCCCUGGUGUGCCGCCACUUAGGCCGCGAUUGGAGGUGGACACAGCGGAAGAGGCAGCCGGAUAGCUACUUCAACGUCCUCAACGCGUUUAUCGACAGAAAGGACAGUUACUACUCCAUUCACCAGAUAGCGCAAAUGGGAGUUGGCGAGGGCAAGUCCAUCGGCCAGUGGUACGGGCCCAACACCGUCGCCCAGGUGCUCAAGAAACUGGCUGUCUUCGACACCUGGAGCGCCCUGGCGGUCCACAUAGCCAUGGACAACACGGUGGUGAUGGAGGACAUUAGAAGGUUGUGCAGGGGCAGCCUUCCGUGUGCGGGGGCCGCCGCGCUUCCUGCGGAUUCCAGCCGCCACUGUAACGGGUUCCCUGCUGGGGCCGAGGUCACCAACAGGCUGGCCCCGUGGAGACCCCUGGUGCUGCUCAUCCCCCUGCGCCUGGGGCUCACGGACAUCAAUGAGGCCUACGUGGAGACCCUGAAGCGCUGCUUCAUGAUGCCCCAGUCCCUGGGAGUGAUCGGAGGGAAGCCCAACAGUGCCCACUACUUCAUCGGCUACGUUGGUGAAGAGCUCAUCUACCUGGAUCCCCACACGACGCAGCCGGCGGUGGAGUUUACCGACAGCUGCUUCAUCCCCGACGAGAGCUUCCACUGCCAGCACCCGCCCAGCAGGAUGAGCAUCGGGGAGCUCGACCCGUCCAUUGCCGUGGGGUUCUUCUGUAAGACCGAGGGCGACUUCGAUGACUGGUGCCAACAAGUCAGGCAGCUGUCGCUCCUCGGAGGCGCCCUGCCCAUGUUCGAGCUGGUGGAGCAGCAGCCUUCCCACCUGGCCUGCCCCGACGUCCUGAACCUGUCCCUAGACAACCGGGACUCGGCAGGAAGGCCGUGAGCACAUCCAGUUCAUGCAGCCGUCCAGCUCUGACGCGGACGGGGCCUGUGUCCCUGCCCCUCUGAGAAGAUCAUGGAGGAUGGUGACUGAGCCCGCCGUCCACGGCCCAGAAGGGAGCCAGGGUGCCGCACUGGAGACUCGGGACACACGUCCCACCAGUCCCCAGACGAUUCUUCUGACGUAGAGCGACUGGAAAGAUUUUUUGAUUCAGAAGAUGAAGACUUUGAAAUCUUGUCUCUUUGAAAACCCUGCAGUUGGGGGACGGUGUCCCCUGGCCCUCCCUGGGGGCCGUCGAGAGCCCGGCCCUGCCUCGGGGCGCUUGGCGCCGCUGCAUUUCAUCCAUCCAGCCUGCCCGUCCGCUGAACGCCCGUGCCCCGUGCCGCCUCCGCCCUGGGACGGAGGACUGCCCUGUUCCGGGGGCCCUGCCGCCAGCCCCGGGACUGCGCAGGCCCAGAGGGCCCGGCCGGGGCGCCGCCGAGGAGCCGCCGCAGGACGCCCCGUGCAGCCAGGCCGGGAGCUGCUGAGAGCGGAGCCUUCACACCCGCGAGCGCUCGCCCUGCCACACUGCCAGCCCCGCAUUAGCGCGCCGCCUCUGCCCUGCUUCCUCCUGGGCGCUCGGUUCUGGGUUUGCUUUGGAAUUAAAGUCCUGUUUGAAGUUACAAGGACAUGAAUUUCUGUCGGGCGUGUCCCAAGUCAGUCUCCGAAGACCUGCAGGGCGGAGGGGCGCCCGCGGACUCGGCCAGCCCCCUGGCCCCCCCGCCCCCCCGCCUGGCGUGCUCCUCGGGGGCUACUUCAGUGGGGGAUCGGGUUGGAAGAAGGCUUCUCCUCGCCCCGGGGAGCGAAGUAGCAAGGUGGUGGGGCGUGGUGGGAUUCAGGGAGGUCCCCGUGCGAGGGACUCACCAGGAUGGGGACGUGUCUGCUCUCCCAGAGCCGCAGGUAAAGCCUGAGUGGGGCGCGCCUUUCCACACCUCCUGUGCCGGUCCCAGCAUUCCAGACGCCCCCGUGCCGCCGUCCUUGCUGCACCUGCUGCCCCGGGCCAGGACGGGGGCGGUGGGAUGGGGACACGCUGCCCUCCAGGGCCUCCCUCCAGGCCCAGGCUCGAGGGUAGAGCCCACAGCCCCACGGUUCCUCACGAACCAGGGAGGUUUCCGGACCUUCCUGAGCACGGACGUCAGCUCCCGUGCCCUCAGCCUGCGGCCAGGCCCAGACUGCACCCCUCCCGCUUGGGUUUGCCGUCCGUCCUGAAGACUGGCCUGCGUCCCACCCGGAAGCACAGCAGGGGCUUGGGGGGCGCCUGCACCACAGCCGCCUCCGCGUCCUCCCGGGCAGGUGGGCGCACUGCCCUGUGCCUGCACGUCCUGCCGGCCCACAGAGGGGACUUCCUCCCAUUUCCCGCCUGUGUCCUCGGUGGCGACCGUGGGGUAGAGCCGGGCAGCAGGAAAGGCAGCCGCGUUGCUCCGACUGAGCAGUGCAGCCGGGGGGCGGCCGGGGCUGAUGCUGCAGCCCACGCUGUUGUACGUGGGGGACACGGGCCUCGGCCCGACCCACGGGGAGCCGUUCUGAGGCGGCUUACGGAGAAUGUUCACCUCCCCAGUGUAGUUGGCAGUUCUUAACGGCAAAUAACAGUUUCCGUAGAAAACA